AUGUUCUCGAGCAGUGCUACCAUGUACUUGUCAUUCAACGUUCUUGCCGUCCUGUCACUUGUAGCCUGCCUGCUCCAGAAUUCGUUGGGGUUUCAAACGCUCACUGCAAGAGGUUUCCUUCGUGGCUCCAACCAAGUGAGAUGUCGGCGCCAAGCUUACUGUCGCAAAGUGAACAUCUUUAAGCUCAGAUGUAGCAAUGCUGAAGGUCUCAGGACACUCUUCAGCCCUCCUUGGUCGUGUCUAGAGAAGUGUGGGGCUUGCUGCUACCUCCUCCCAGAGGAAAGGGAUCUAGACUGCUUGUCCCCUGAGGAUCGAAAGAUAUACAUCGACAUGGCGGGGGAGGACGGAUGGUGCAAAAACUUUGACAAGGACAAGCACCUGUGCAGGAUCUACGAUGAACGGCCAGGGUUUUGCAGGAUGGAGAACAUCCAGAUGAUGUACAGCAUUGAAGAAGAAGAACUGGGAGACUUUGCUGCAGACGCUUGCAGGGACCACAUCGAUGAGCUGUACGGAGAGGACUCAAUCACCCGGAUCAAGUUCGACAUGCUGCAAGAGAAGGUUAGAGAAUCUAGUGGAUGGAGCACUCCGCCGAGAUCUGAGGAGGGUGACGUUGACUUGGAAGAGUUGUUGAGAACAAGGGAGGAGCUGCACAAAGUGAUCGAGUCUGGAGUCCCCGACGAUGAGAGAACGGGGAUGAAGGAGAUCUUAAGGGUGCUGAACGAGGCGAUCGAUGCAAAGAGGAAGGAGACGUAG